AGCGCGGCCCUGUCGCUGCCGCGGUCGGAGGCGCAGUCGUGCCCCGGCCCGACGCGGGGCCGCCGUCUCGCCCGUCACAGGCGGCCCGGCCCGGCGGCCAGCGCGGGGCUCAUGGCCCAGUUCUAGGGCCAAUGAUUAGUUCUGUGACAAGACAGCAUGACACUUUGAGUAUGACAGAAGCCCUGAUACUGCAACAGAGGGUGGGAAUAUUAAUGGCCAAAUCUAGAGAUCAGAUGGUCUUCUAAAGAAGUCAUGGGUAGCUGUUGUAGCUGUCCAGAUAAAGAAACUGUCCCAGAUAACCACCGAAACAAGUUUAAGGUUAUUAAUGUGGAUGAUGAUGGUAAUGAACUGGGUUCUGGCAUAAUGGAACUUACAGACACAGAACUAAUUUUGUACACCCGUAAAAGGGACUCUGUAAAAUGGCACUACCUCUGUCUCCGUCGCUAUGGCUAUGACUCAAACCUGUUCUCUUUUGAAAGCGGUCGAAGGUGUCAAACUGGACAAGGAAUCUUUGCCUUUAAGUGUGCCCGGGCAGAAGAGCUAUUUAACAUGUUACAAGAGAUAAUGCAGAAUAAUAGCAUAAAUGUGGUAGAAGAACCAGUAGUAGAAAGGAAUAAUCAUCAAACUGAGUUGGAAGUACCAAGAACUCCUCGAACACCUACCACUCCUGGGUUCAAUGCACAAAGUUUACCCAACGGCUAUCCCAGAUACCCAUCUUUUGGAGAUGCUUCAUCACACCCUUCCAGCAGACAUCCUUCUGUCGGCAGCGCACGCCUCCCCUCUGUCGGUGAAGAAUCAACACAUCCUUUACUUGUAGCAGAGGAGCAAGUGCACACUUACGUAAACACUACUGGAGUACAAGAGGAAAGAAAAAAUCGAUCAAGUGUGCACGUGCCACUGGAAUCAAAGCUUUCAAACACUGAAACAACUAAAGUGAAAGAAGAACAGAUGUGUACUGAUGACAGAGAUGCUCAGGUUCUCCUGGAGCCUGAAGGAGUGAAGUUUGUUUUAGGACCAACACCUGUUCAAAGGCAGUUAAUGGAAAGAGAAAAACUGGAACAACUUGGGAGAGAUCAAGUUAGUGGCAGCAGCACAAACAACAGUGAAUGGGACACUGGGUACGACAGUGAUGAACGUAGAGAGACACCAUCUGGUAAUAAAUUGGUGUAUGAAAAUAUAAAUAGGUUAUCAAUCCCUAGUGCCUCAGGGGUCAGGAGAGGUCGCUUGACAUCAACCAGUACCUCAGACACCCAGAACAUUAACAACUCUGCUCAGAGGAGAACUGCGCUGCUGAACUACGAGAACUUGCCAUCCUUGCCUCCUGUUUGGGAAGCCCGCAAGCUGAGCAGAGAUGAAGAUGACAGUUUAGGACCAAAGACCCCAUCUCUGAAUGGCUACCACAAUAACCUAGAUCUAAUGCAUAACUAUGUCAAUACAGAGAAUGUAACAGUACCAGCAAGUGCUCAUAAAGUAGAAUUUACACGACGUCGGGACUGUACCCCAACAGUCUUUAACUUUGACAUUAGGCGUCCAAGUUUAGAACACAGGCAGCUCAACUAUAUACAGGUUGACUUGGAAGGUGGUAGUGACUCUGACAACCCUCAGACUCCAAAAACCCCCACCACUCCACUUCCGCAAACUCCAACCAGGCGCACAGAGCUGUAUGCUGUGAUAGACAUUGAAAGAACUGCUGCUAUGUCAAGCUUGCAAAAAGCACUGCCCCGAGAUGAUGGUACUUCUAGGAAAACUAGACAUAACAGUACUGACCUGCCUAUGUGAGCCUGGGGAGCAUUGAAUCAUUUGCACCUUUUGUGAAGUUUAUAAAAUUGAAGAUGCGAGUACUUUGCAUUUCUUAACACUAACGCCUUUUAUAGACUAAUAGAACUUCUGCAUACUUCAUGUACUUGUCUUACUAAAGGGAAUUAAUGUAGAGCAAGUAUUCAUUUUAGGUAACACUAUUUCAUUCUACAGUAGAAGUAAUUACUGCAUAGCAGCAUCACCACCUUUCACAGUGCCUCUUUAAUUGAUUAGAAUCUGAGUGACAUGCCAGUUUUGAAUUUAUAAAUAUUCUGGUCUGGUGCCUAUACUCAUUAAUGGCAUUUAUAACACUUUUUAAAGCCUCUUGAUAUGUGCAUUAUUAGCAGGUAAACCUAAUCUUUCAGUAUACAUAUCUGACGUUCGUUCCUCAUUGAAGUGGUUCCUCCAGAAAUAAAUGUAUGUAAUACAUUAAUUCAUUCAGUUUGACAUACACAAGAUAUAUUGGUUCAUCUCACCACAUCUUUUUUUUCUGUGGGCAAGAAGGCCUCUAAUUACUGACAGUUUUCUUAACUUGUGUGAUACUUGAGAAGUCACACUGACGAUUGUUGAUCAGAGCUAUAAAACACAUCAAAAACCAGCCUUAAGCUCCUUCCUUUGGAAUAAAAUUCCAAGUGACAUAUCAAAUUCCCUCUGAAAUCUGACAAAAUUUUAAUCUCAUUAGAGUUUUGGUUUUUUUUUGUGAAGGAAUUCACAGGUGGGCUGUAUGAAUCAAGGCUAUCUUGUCAUUUCUUAUUUCAGUGUGCCUUCUUUUCUUUGCAUUUGUGUUUCCUUUUUAUUUGUUCUAUAAUGUCUUGUUUUAAAAGUCAAAAUUUUGUACAUAGCUUUAAUUGUUCAGGGUCAUCUUUGUAUUUGUCUUACUCUGCAUUUGACAAAGCGAGACUCUUGAAGGUAAAAUGGUUCUCUUUGUCCAGUGUUCUACUUUUUUAUGCCUGACAGAAAUAUUCCAGCUCUCCAGCAGCAUGCAUUAUUGCACAACUGGAAAGGUUUAUUAUGCAGUUAUUGUCUUCCUCUAAAGUAUCAAACACAGGUUACACGGGAGGCAGGGUACUGGACUUGAUAGUUCUUCAUAGAAAGUUGUACGUUCUAGAAAUGUGCAUCCAUAGGUGGUAGUGUACUUUUAAUUUAAAAGGAUACGUAGUAAAUUAUCUGAAGGUAGUAUUAUCUAUGAACAUACUUGCUUUCCUUUUGCAGUUGGUGAAUUUGGUUACAAUGAUGGCUGCUCAGUGUUACAGGUACAGCCAGGUAGAAUGUUGUUUGUUGAAUAUUCCAGAGGCACCCUUAGAAGUGUUUUUUUCUGUUUAUUCAUAACUCUGAAUAAUCGUAGAAUUCUGGCAGUAUUGCAGGUGCACCUUGGUACUAGCAGCAGACGAGAUUGCUCUUGAGCCCGUGAUUGCAAAGGAACUGACACUUGUGUGAACUGGUAUGACGUAAAAUAACCCUUGAACUGUGAGGAAAAACAUGCAAGAAAAGCCAUUUGGAGAUCUGAAAAAGCAUUAAGGGUCUCCAUGCAAUAUUUGAAUUGAAGUUUUAUAAAAACCAAACUACAAUUACUUUCUGUCUUUUAAAUUGGUGUGUAUUUCUGUUCCUACAACUUUUUUCUUUGGUCUUCUCUCAUUUAGUAGUGGCAGCAGUAGUAGCACCUGAAAUAUAUGUCUCUUGCCAUACCUAAUGGUACCACCUUUUCACUCUGGCUUUCGUUAUUCUUUACAGACUGUAUGGUACUGAAAUACCAGAUGGACAAAGAAAAUAAUUUUCUGAAGUAAAAGAUAGGAGUCAUUUAGACCAUUGUGAGGAACUUAAAAGAGAAUU